UAUCCAUGCUGCAUGGGUCCAUUAUUACACACCCACAAGUCCCAUACAAAAACACAAGUUUCUCUGCAACUGACACCACUGCACCAAGAUUACACAUCAUGAUUCUUGCUGCCCUCCUCCUACUUCUCUCUUUCCCGAAGCAGCUAGCUGGAAGUCAGUCCGUCUGCAGCAGUGCUAACAUCGUGUACAUGCAAAGCAGUACCUACAUGUCCAACCUGAAUGCCCUUGCCGGAGCACUAUUCGCCAAGGUGACAAGUUCAAACUCACACUCAGCCCAUGGCACAGCUGGGACAGGUUCCGACAUGAUCUAUGGAGCAGUGCUUUGCCGAGGAGACAUGAUCCCCGGCGCUGCCUGUGCAAAACGUCUCAAGGAGGUCCUUGAUGCAGCAAUGGACAACCCAGCUAAUAGUUCUUGCUCUUCCCAGAAGGACAUAACCUUGUUCGACGAUGGGUACCUGGUCCAGCUAAGAUUCUCUGACCAGGAUUUCAUCUCCAACUUCCGCGACUCUCAGGAAUGCGUAGUAAGGGCUAAUUUGAACCCUCCGCUGUUGGGCGAUGUUUCAGAGCAGUUCCAUAGUCUUGUUUCCAAGCUCAUGACCAAGCUCACAGAUGCUGCAGUGAAGAAUAUGGGCAGGUAUGAGACAGGCCAAGGCUGGCUCACUGAGAAGAGCCAGACUGUAUAUGGACUUGUGCAGUGUCAAGAGGACAUGCUGAAGGGCACUUGCCAGGAUUGCUUGAGUAGUGCCAUGGCAAAGAGGGAGCAGAUGGUUGACCAGAUGGGUGGUGCAAUCCUCGGCGUGGGAUGCAGCUUGUGGUACCAAACAGAAGUUCAGUUCUUUGCUGGCACACCAGCGUUGUCGUUAAAUAUGCCCACACCAAGCAAGUUUUGGAUCUGGGUCAUGCUUGGAUCGUUCUCUGUCGUGGUUUCAAUUUCAUGGUUGCUUGUUCAUAUUUGGAUCAAAACAGAGAGAAAAAGAGAACGAGCAAGAUACGAACUACAGUUGCUGUCAAUGGCAAUACAAAAUGUAAUAAAUCUGUGGAGGAUUGAAGAAGGCAAUUCUGGAUUUUCACUGUACGAUUUCUCUCAGAUAAAAGAAGCUACAGGAAACUUCUCUAGUGAAAACAAACUUGGACAAGGUGGUUUUGGACCAGUUUAUAAGGGCUUAUUGCCUGGUGGUCUUGAAGUAGCAGUCAAAAGACUUGCGGCAUGUUCAGUACAAGGCUUAUUAGAGUUCAAAAAUGAAAUUCAGCUGAUAGCAAAACUUCAACACAAAAAUCUCGUCAAGUUGCUAGGCUGCUGUAUCCAAGGAGAUCAAGAAAAAAUGCUUGUCUACGAAUAUAUGCAAAACAAAAGCCUGGACCUCUUCAUAUUCGAUGUUAACAAAGGAGUACAGUUGAACUGGUCUAUGCGCCUACGUAUAAUUGAUGGAGUAGCACAUGGAAUCUUAUAUCUUCACAAACAUUCACGCUUAUGUGUUGUUCAUAGGGAUCUUAAAGCAAGUAACAUUCUCUUGGACAGCGACAUGACUCCCAAAAUUUCUGAUUUCGGGAUGGCAAGAAUAUUCAGCUCAAACAUGACAGAAUCAAACACAACGAGAAUAGUAGGAACACAUGGCUACAUUUCUCCAGAGUAUGCUUUUGAUGGAGUUUGCUCAAUCAAAUCAGAUGUCUUCAGCUUUGGAGUCUUGGUCUUAGAAAUUAUAAGUGGAAAGAGGACUACUGGUUUCUAUCCAUACGGUGGAAAAUUAUAUAAUCUAAUUUCAUAUGCUUGGAAACUUUGGAAAGUUGGAGAAUGGCGCCAACUUGUGUGUUGUCGUAUAGGAGAAGAUUAUGAAGCGAUAGAAAGGUGCAUUCAGGUUGCACUUUUAUGUGUUCAGGAGAAUGCAGAGGACAGACCUGCUAUGGAUCUUGUGGUUAACAUGCUGAACAAUGAGAGUGUGAUCUUGCCCAAGCCAAAGCAACCCGCUUACUUCUUUACACGCUCUAGUGAGUCAGAAGUUUCAUCAUGCAACAUGAAUAUAAGUAUUACAUUAGAAAGGUAGAGCUACAAUUCAAAAGAAUGUGAAGUUGUGAACGGAGCAUGUUGCUGCGCUGCUAAUAGAGCUCCAGGUCUGAACUCUAAACUAGUAGUUUGUUUGUAUAUAUGGUCUUUUGUCUAUAUUUAGUCUUUCCUGCUUUUUUGUUCAGGGUGUAUAUUAGUGUAAUAUGACUUUGUCCUUUCUUGUUACUUGCAUAUGUAGUUAUAUGACGUUCUCUGCAUACACACUUGCAUGGUCCUAACAGGGUGCUGUAAGUUGUGCUGGUUGUAACAUGACAACAACUAGAAACAGUAUGCAAGCUACUUUAAACGCUAUGCUCUUUUGCAGUUCUCUCCAGACUCUAGACUUGUUAUAAGACAGUAAACUGGGCAAAAAAGUAGUAUAUUUGUACAUUUGAUGUUCUUCUUUCUAAUAAAUUGUGCAUCAGGUUAUCAAGCCAGUCUGUUUCUGUUUAAGGACUAGGCAUGCCUGUAUUUGCAAAAUCCUGGUAGUCUGGUACACAGAAGCAGAUAUAUAGAUCUACAAUAUGUGAAUGUCAUAUUCAAAAUCGGAUAAAACUAGGGGUUAAAAGGUGACACACAAAAAUGAGUCCCACUAAGCCCUUAUUUGUUAAUUGUUAUUCUCAUUUCAUGUGGAUUGAGAGGGAUUAAAAUAAAUUUUGACUUACUGCGGAUUUAAACAGACUCAAUCCGAGCGAUUCCACGUGGACUAAAGUUAAAACGAACAAGCGCUGACAAGAAUCGGCGAGCAGGAACCAACAUUUCGUCGAUAUGGAUUUGGUCCUAAAUCGAAGGCCCCAUAGGCUAACGCAUAAUCUCGAAAAAAAUUGUACCAACUGUAAGGAUUAACGCUGAAUUCUACCUGUAGCAGUGCAGUGCCAGCUCUGAAAAUGCAAUGGAAAAUAGGGGCAAGUGAUAAGCGCCGAAGGCAGAAUCAGGCAGUGGGCCAGUGAUUUGCCCCGUCCGUCGGCGGCUGGACAAGGCAGGAGAUGGUCACAAAUACGCACUUUUGUGUUUGAUUUUAUAAAAUAAAUAUUUAUAUCGGAA